AUGAAGCUUAUCACACAUAAUAUGCUUACUUCGAAAUGUUUAAAAGGUGUCGUAACCGGUUAUCCCCUUGCCAUUCAUGCUACAGAUGUCAAAAUAAAUGAAGUGGAUUUUAACCCCGAAUUCGUGACCAGGAUAAUACCUAAAUUAGAUUGGGAAGUUCUCUGGAAAGCUGCGCAAAGUAUAGGUCACGGUGAAGGUUUACCGCAAGUUAUACAGCCGAAAUAUGAAGAAGAUUCUGAAUUCUUGAAGAAGGCACAUAGAGUUUUAUUAGAAGUUGAAGUAGAAGAAGGCUACCUCACCUGUCCUGAAUCAGGAAGACAAUUUCCAAUAACCAAAGGCAUCCCAAACAUGUUACUCACUGAAGCAGAAGUGCAAUAA